CAGCUAAAACGUAGAAGAAGAAGAUUUGUUUCCGGAAGACGUGGCUGCAGACGCAGCUGUUAGUUUAGCUUCUUAUUUUGACGUGUUUUUUUGUCAUCUAGGUUUUGAAUUUUAAUUAUUUUCCGUCAGGAUGAUUUCUCUAACUGACUCUCAAAAGAUUGGAAUGGGCUUAACAGGUUUUGGCGUGUUUUUCCUCUUCUUUGGGAUGAUCCUUUUUUUUGAUAAAGCACUUCUUGCUAUUGGAAAUAUCCUGUUUGUUGCUGGACUCGCCUUCGUCAUUGGGCUGGAGAGAACUUUCCGCUUCUUCUUUCAGAAACACAAAAUGAAGGCCACCGGUUUCUUCUUGGGUGGUGUGUUUGUGGUGUUGAUUGGCUGGCCCAUUAUUGGAGUUGUUCUGGAAAUCUAUGGCUUUUUCCUGUUGUUCAGGGGUUUCUUUCCUGUCGUAAUCGGCUUCAUCAGGAGAAUACCCGUCCUCGGCUCAAUUCUAAACCUGCCGUUCAUCAGUGCACCUUCGUACGACUGAGGACAAUCAGCAGCAUUGUAUGUGGACAAAGCAAACGAGAGCAACACGAUGGUAUAACGGUGUCUUAUCCCACGAAGAAGCUUCUCAUUGGACUCGAGCGGCCAAGGUUCUUAUUCAGAUUUUUCACAGUUCAUCCGAGCGCCAAACCACCAGUCUGUUACGAAAGGAUGAAGGCCCCAAAGUCACUACAGUCAAUGUUUGAAAAGCUGCUUCUGUGACAGACUUUCCUUCAGCACUUUGUCACGUUAUUAAGACAGCGAUAACGAGGCUGCCUUUUCACUUUAUUUGGUAAAAAAAAACAUGAAGCCCUUAACAGUUGAUUAUCCAUUUUUUCAUGUUGUGAAACUAUUUAGAAUCUGGAAAAUCUUCUCCUUUUUGUGACGUAUAAGUUUUGCCAAUUCUGAUUUCAGUCUAAAUUAUUUUAAGAUGUUGGAUUAUUGUCAUUAUUUUACAACAUUAAUGUUGUUUCACUUCUGUACAUUUUUUUUUUUUACUGUUUUCUGAUGUAUCAUAAACUCUUCUGCAGAUAGUAAAGGUCUAAACUUUGGACACACUGGAA